UAAAACUUGCAGCGUUCAGUUGACCUUAAAUUCUCACUAUAUCUCUGAAGAAUGGGAAUGUUUAAGAGAAUUUGGUAGUUUUUUCUUUUUCUUGCAAAAAUCGAAAGAUGAAUUCCUGAAAAAACCUUCGUUCUUGUUCUUGUUCAUUUCAUCCACCGCAUUUCCAUGGAUUUCCCGAAGAAUUCCGUCGUAAAUUAUGUGAUUCCGUCUUUCUUCCUUGCCGGAAUUCUCUUUUUUACCAUCUGGUUUUCCGCUGUCACGAAUCCUUUCGGUCUUGUCUCCGACGGACGCCAUUGCAGCCGCACCAAGCUUCAAAAUCAGAGAAAUAGUAGCGAAUUUCUUUCUGUUUCGCCCCGAGACGAGCUUGAAUCGGUUCUGGCCGGGGCUUCAAUGGCGAACAAGACAUUGAUAAUCGCCGUCGUGAACAAGGCGUACGCCGAUCAAGAAACCGGCGCCGUAACCACAAUGCUCGACGUGUUUCUCGAUAGCUUCUGGCUCGGAGAAGGCACUCGGCCUCUGGUGAAACACCUUCUGAUCGUCGCCGUCGAUCAGACGGCGUACGAUCGCUGCCGGUUUCUUCGCCUGAACUGCUUCCGGCUGACGACGGACGGCGUCGAUUUCGGCGGCGAGAAGCUUUACAUGUCGGCGGAUUUCAUCAAGAUGAUGUGGAGAAGAACAGAGUUUCUCUUGGAAGUUCUCAAACGGGGCUACAACUUCAUCUUCACGGACACAGACGUGAUGUGGCUGCGAAACCCAUUCMUGAAACUAAGCCCCAACAAAACGGAGGAUCUCCAAAUCAGCACCGAUGGCUUCUCCGGCAACCCAUGGGGGGAGGAGAACUUCAUAAACACCGGAUUCUACUUCGUCCGAUCAAACAACAAGACGGUGGCACUGUUCCAGAGCUGGUACGACCUCAAGGACAACUCCACUGGGAAGAAGGAGCAGGACGUUCUUUUGGAGCUUAUCCAUGGCGGAAUAGCCAGAAAGCUCGCCCUCAGAAUCCGAUUCUUGGACACUCUGUACUUCAGCGGCUUCUGCCAGAACAGCCGAGACCUCCGACAGGUGGCAACAGUGCAUGCCAACUGUUGUCGGAGCAUCACCGCCAAAGUCACCGAUCUCGGAACGGUACUCGUUGAUUGGAAGAAGUUCAGGAAGUUGAGUGCGUAUAAGAGGGUGGAGAAUGCCACGRCGACGUUCCGAUGGUCGCCGCAUUUGGGCUGUAUUAAUUCCUGGAAGCAGUAAUUGUAAUCAAAAUCGUAAAUUUGAAACUAUUUGUAAAAUUUUUGUA